AUGGAAAGUGUAUCGGUUGCCGCACAAAGAGACACUUAUCUUCGUCAAAUAGCGCAUUACAGGGAAAAUGGUUACAACAUUUUUUAUACUGAUGAAUCUUGGUGCGGUGCUAAUCAUUCUAGAAAAUAUGGUUGGAUCGAAACAAUUCAAUCAAGAUCAGGAAAACGAGUAAUAAUUUUAGAUAUUGGUGGAGUCAACGGAUUCGUUCCAGGUUGCAGACUUUGUUUUAUUGGUAAAAAAGGCUCAGAUGAUUAUCAUAAUGAAAUGAACGCUGAACAUUACUUGAAAUGGUUUCAAAAAGUAUUGCAAGUAUUACCGGAUAAGUCUGUAAUUAUUUUAGAUCAGGCACCAUAUCACAAAAUGCUCGAUCCUGAAUUUCGAAACCCAACCACCGGUUGGCGAAAACAGAAAAUUAUCGAGUGGCUUGUCAAUAGACCAGUACCACUGCCUCAAAACAUCAACGAAUUCGCCGACUUAACCAAAAAUGAAUUAUUGCAAUUAGCGAAACUCUUAUGCACAGCAGCUCCUGAAAGACAAAAUCGCAGAAAGAGACCAGUAGCCAGGAGUAGGCGUCGUGAGACGCAGCACGGCUGGAUUGAAGAAAUGCUAACGCAGUUCCAAUCCAGUCCUCUCCGUACCAUCUAG